ACCAACAUAAAACAGACCCAACCCCAGACAUUCUCCAACAGAUCAAAUCCCAUCAACAAGCCAUCAAAAAAUACAUGUCCAAGGACUCCCAAAAAGCGCUCCUAUGGACCAAGCAACUCUUCUAUGACAAAUCCAACAAAGCAGACUCCCUCCUUGCGCGCACACUUCGUCAGAAAACACAAACAAAACGGAUAGACAAAAUAAACUCACCCAAAGGCACGACAUAUGACACCCCAGACGACAUAGCAUAUAUCUUCGCCAAGUACUUUACAAAACUAUACGACCAUAAACCAGAAGCCCGCCAACGUCAGCAACAGAUAACCAAUCAAAGAGACAUAGAGUCGUACCUGAAAGAUAUCCCCCUCCCUACACUGCCCGACGAAGCAAAGACACAAAUAGCGGCCCUCGUCAUGACGGAGGAAAUAGC